AUUUUGGCCCUUUUUUUUUUCUUCUAAUCCUUUAAGUAUUUGUUUAUUAUCGGCAUUGCUUUUAAAACUGUGAUGUAAUUUAUAGAUAUUUGAGUAAAAUCUCCAAUUAACAAAUAACUGAGUAAAAGUGUGAUAUACCUUUUAUAGAAAGUAGACAAUUAGAAAAAUGUGUACUUAUUAUACUUAACAGUGAAGAUUUGAUAUGCUGAUGAUUUUUUAACUAAUUGGUUUGGUUUGGUCUACAAGAAAAGCAAAUGUAAGCAAAUGGAACCAACAAUACAUUUGCCUAUAUAAUUAUUUAUGGUGUUCCAAUAUCUACUAUUAAGUGGUACAACUUCAUAGACUAAUGUGAAUUUUUUACUCCAGUAUAUAAAGCAUACAGACUAAUAAUGUCAUGAAUUUUGUAUAGUAUGUUAUAAUUCUAAUCAUCAAUUAGAAUAUGGGUUAUACAAAAAUCUUAGGAAAGACAUUAGGAUUUGUUGGUUAUGCUCUACAAUAUGCUUGUUUUACACACUGCACUUUUGAAUAUGUGGGUGAUUUUGUAAUGUGCUCAGGUCCAUCUAUGGAACCAACUUUGGAGACAAACAACAUAUUGUUUACAGAACAUAUAACACCUCGAAUGCAAAGGUUACGUCGUGGGGAUAUAAUCAUAGCAAAGUGCCCGACAAAUCCAAAGCAAAAUAUAUGCAAACGAAUAACAGGACUUCCUGGUGACAAAGUUAAGGGCCAUUUUAUGAGAAGUCAGUAUGUGCCCAGAGGUCAUGUAUGGUUGGAAGGAGACAAUUCUAGUAAUUCUUCAGAUUCAAGAAUUUAUGGAGCAGUUCCUCAAGGCUUAAUACGCAGUCGAGUAGUAUGCAGAAUUUGGCCAUUAGAUAAAAUUAGUACUCUUACUCAAGUGUAGUGAUUGUCCAGUUUGGUAGAUUAAUUGUGUAAAUAAAAGGCGAAGAUAAUAAAAAAAACAUAUAUUUUUAA